UGUGUCCUCUUCGUCCAAUUUUACUUCGUAGGUACAAAUUCACGUGUUGUGUGUGUGUUUUUACGAUCACACAACACCGCAGUAAGCUAUUGUAUAAAAAACUAAAAACACAAAAAAAGUUAAAAACAUUGAAAUCAUAAAAAGUGUUGUCUGUGAGACCAGGAACUCCAGAGAUUGAGAGGAAAGAACGUCGUCUUGGUAUCAUUCAUUGCAUCAACGGAAUCGCCAUUUUUGCACGCAUUGAAUCUCUCAUCAUUGUUGGAACGAGUCGACGGUAAAAAUGAAUCCAGCUGGACCCAGUUAUCCGAUGGCUUCCCUUUACGUGGGGGAUUUGAGCCAUGAUGUGACCGAAGCCAUGUUGUUUGAGAAGUUUUCAACAGCAGGACCAGUGUUGUCCAUCCGUGUGUGUCGAGAUAUUGUCACGAGGCGUUCCCUUGGCUAUGCCUACGUCAACUUCCAGCAGCCAGCAGAUGCUGAGCGAGCUCUAGAUACGAUGAACUUUGACCCCAUCAAGGGUAAACCGUGUCGUAUCAUGUGGUCACAGAGAGAUCCCUCGCUCAGGAAGUCAGGAGUGGGAAAUAUCUUCAUCAAGAACUUGGAUAAGAGUAUUGACAACAAAGCCUUGUACGACACAUUUUCAGCCUUUGGAAACAUCCUGUCCUGUAAGAUCGCGUGUGAUGAGAACAACCAGCCUAAAGGAUUCGGUUUUGUUCACUUUGAGACCGAAGAAGCUGCCAGAAAUGCCAUAGAAAAGGUCAAUGCUAUGUUGCUCAAUGGGAAGAAAGUAUAUGUAGGCAAAUUCAUCGCCCGUCGCGAACGCUUGGAGCAAGUUGGUGACAGGCAGAAGAAGUUCACCAAUGUGUACGUCAAACAUUUAGCUGAGGAAAUUGAUGACGUCAAACUGGAAGAGCUCUUUGCCGAGCAUGGCAAAGUGGCCAGUGCUAGGGUCAUGUGCGACCAUGAGAGCAAAUCCAAACUAUUUGGCUUCGUCGCAUAUGAAGAGCCCGAGGCAGCUGAAGUGUCGGUCCAGGCUAUGCACGGUAAGGAAGUAAGUGGCAAGAUCCUGUAUGUCCAGCCAGCGCAGAAGAAGGCCCAGAGGCAGAUGGAACUGAAGGAGAGAUUCGAGAAGCUCAAGAUGGAGCGCAUCAAGAGUUACGAAGGUGUAAAUUUGUAUGUGAAGAAUCUUGAUGACGUCAUUGACGAUGAGCGUCUGCGGAAGGAGUUUGCACCAUUCGGCAACAUCACAAGUGCAAAGGUAAUGAGAGAAGACAAGUCGACCAACUCGAAGGGAUUUGGUUUCGUCUGCUUCAGUUCCCCUGAAGAGGCCACCAAAGCUGUGACAGAAAUGAACGGACGUAUCAUUGUCUCGAAGCCUUUGUAUGUUGCUCUGGCCCAACGCAAAGACCAGCGACGUGCCCAACUGGCCUCUCAGUACCUACAGAGACUGGCCAGCAUCCGAGUACAGAAUGGUCCCCAGAUAGGCCAGAUCUUCCAGCCAGGUGCUUCAGGUUACUUCAUGCCCACUAUGCCACAGGCGCAGCGUGGCUACUUCACUCCACAGAUGCCUCAGAUGAGGGCGGCUCAACCCCGAUGGGCAUCACAGUCCCAGGUCAGACAGCCGCAGCCUAACACUGGCUUCCAAGCCAUGCCUGGACAAGUUCGUCAACCAAGGCCAACUGGUCAACAGCAGAUUCGUACUGCCGUCAAUGCUCGCCCAAUCACCGGACAACAGCCGACCGGAGCGCCACCCGGCGCACAGCGUGUACAGAUGCCACCACAGGCGCGCCCUGUCGCACCAACCAUGCCAUCUGGUGGAGUCAGGCAGCCGUACAAGUACACGAACGCUGCCCGCAAUGCCCAGGUCCAACCAGGAGGCAUGCAGCCACAGCCACUGCCAUCUCAGAUUUCACAGCCAGCUGUGCACAUUGGUGGCCAGGAGCCUUUGACGGCCUCCAAACUCGCCUCCGCUCUGCCACAAGAGCAGAAGCAGAUGCUGGGUGAGCGUCUCUUCCCUCUGAUCCAGAGCAAGCACGAGGACCUCGCAGGAAAGAUCACAGGAAUGUUGUUGGAGAUUGACAAUUCCGAGUUGCUUCACAUGUUGGAGUACCCAGAAUCUCUCUCUGCCAAGGUUGAGGAAGCGGUAGCUGUGUUGAAGGCUCACCAGGCCAAGAGCGACAAGGAUUAAGAUGAGUUUGGCAUCGCCAGAGUACUGGAUACAGUCUCUGGACCCAAGGAGUAACCUCCAGAAAACCUCCCCUUAUUGGAACUGGACAACCAAAAAGGUGGAGUGAAUGUAACCAUAACGUGUGAAGAACCCAUUGUGUAUUAUUUUUUCAAAUGUAAUAGAAUCAUUGCAGAAUCCCUCGCCAUGACCGUGAAAUUUAGAAGUUGUAGAUAUGAAUUUGACCCGAUGAUUGAUGCUGGCAAACGGGGUUUUAUUGUGUAAUUUGCCGAGGUCAGAUCGUUUAAGAAUCACAUGAAAUACCACCAUAGACUUUAUUAAAACCUGAUAUAAACACCGAUAUCACAUCUAUAGAGAUUCAAUCUUUAUGUGCUUUUAUAGAAGCAGGCAUUCUCCGGCUUGGGGAUUUGAUUUGCUGUCGUGUGACUGACCAGGGAUUCUGCAGUUCGUCGUUAGUUUGGUUUUGGGGUUGUAAUUACGUUGGGCUAACCUGCCUGAGCUAAUUGCUUCAUAUGAAUUAUAAGUUAACGCUGUAUUGGCCAAUUAAUUACUUCAUCAUUAUUAUGUAUUAAGUUCAUCAUGUGGGUUCUAGCAUCAGUGUGUGUUGCAUAACAAAAUAAGCGAAAAAACUGUAAAAAAUACCAAAAAAAUUGCAAAAUGUAUAUAAAAAUCAUACAACAUAUAUAUUCUUCAGAGAAUAGCAACCGGAUACUGAAACUUACAAAGCUUAUGUAACUAACGUACCUACAGAAGUAACCGCACCGAGCGUGUGGAGAAGCAAAUCACUUGUUGAGGAAAAAAAUCCCAAAAAACAGCACAAGUAUUGAAAACGUCAAAUAGAAAAUUAAUGAAACAGAGCCUACUAGUAGACAAAAACCCAUAAAAAAAUAGAAAAAACUCGAAAAACAUUAUGGAAGUUUUGUUGAAACAAGUAUAAAAUUUGUAACUCUGUUGUCUGAUCUGGCACGGGUGCACUCUCUCUCGUUGCAAGACAGCGACAUUGCUGUUGUGUUUUAAAUCAUUAUCUUGUUCUCGCUGCAAGGGCGCGCUUGUCCUGCAAACUUGAUGAAGUCUUAGAAUCGUUUAUUUCAUCACAGCGACCUGAGCUUUACGUUUGUCACUUUACUGUGGCAUGGUUACUCAAAUGACAUCAUUGCCCGAGUGUGGAUGUUCAUCUCAUUGUGAUGAAAUGAAUCAUUUUAACAGAAAAAAAGUUUCAGCCAUCGUACCCGAUUCUGUGUGUUCAGUUCUCGACCAACCGCAGCUCUCUCCUGCUGCAUUGUUCGAAAAAAACUUCGUAACCGGUUAUUUUGAGUUUCUGUCAACAGUUGAAUUAUAUAGUUUUAGCAUGCAAGUAUAAGGUGGUGUCAACCCUCGGCGUAUUUUUUAUCAACUUUUUUGGUAAGGAGAUAAGAUGUCUCCUUGUUGAAAAGAAGGAACAAGACGGAACCAUCUUUUCUUUUUAUACGAAGCUGAUGAGCAUUAACCCUUUGUGGAAUGCGGGAUUAGAAGCCAAUUAUCUUACAACAAUACAAGACAAGCUUGUCAUUUCAGUUCUUGUACCAGGCAGAGUGAUUUAUCUCGAGAUAUUUGGACGCAGUCGGCAAAGGGCUGAUUCUCCAUGUUUUAUUAUGUAUGGUUUGAUGAUGAACCAAGAGGGUUUUGCCAGCUGUCCACCCUUGCUGCCCAAGUGGUAUAUUCCAUCGUGUAUAGUUGCCAUACACUAUAUAGAUGGGAUAGGGGUGGCAGUACAGAGUCCAACUUCUACUUGCUUGGAGGUUUCCUUGGGCCAAUUUGAGCCUCUGAAUUAGGACCUCAGACUUGUCAUUGGUGUAACAUGUGGCCAGCUCAUGGGUGUCGUUGACUCGUAGCUGGGGAAGUUGUGUUAGUUUUCCUAGUUGCCGCUAGGGGGAGUAUGGAACUACAGCUUGUGACUGUUAUGCUAUUAAUGUGAAAUCUCUGGGUAUUGUCUGAUCUAAAUUCCAUUGUGUUUCUUGGAUGUAUAACUUGUGUGACUGUGCACCAUGUACGAAGGCUCCAUCCAUCAAUAAUGAUGGAUUCUGCACUUUUUAACUGUUCAUGAUUUUAUAUAACGCCAACAUCUCCAUUUAACGUCGCAGAUGGCCGAGAUAUCUAUUCAUCAAGAGAUUUCAUCUUCUUUUGAAUUUUGGAAAUGAUCCGACCUUAGGUUUGUCGAAGAGCAGUGUGUGGAGUUCUUUCAUUCCAUAUCGUCAAGGAAAGAAUAUGCAACAUAAAUGAAAAUUAUGUUUUCAAUGUUUAGAUUGAAAUGAACUCUUCCUUAUAAAUUCAUUUGCGAGCGUGGCAAACCUGUCGGCCAAGAGAGAAGGUUAUUUUCAAAUAAAUCGGCCGUGCAUUUUUCACAAGUUGUCUUUCGAGACUGCAUCAAACAAAAUGUACGACGUUUUUAUGGGGGUUACCGGUAUAUUUUAGAAAAACACUACUGUGAAAAAAUUGAAAAAAUCUUCAUUUGUGUUUGUUUAAAUUUAAUAGUUUUUCAAGAAAAAUUUUAUAUUUUAGACAAAAGUCAACUCAAAUAGCAUCGUAUAAUUCUCACCUUGAGUUGUUUUUUCCGUUCAUUUGCCAUUGCUGCAGAGAAAUGUUAAAACAGCUAUCAUAUUUUAUGCCUGGAAUAAAACAGGUGUGACUUUAUUUGAUAUUCGCAUCCUGUGGUGAGCAUAUUUAUUUGCCCCGGUUGGAGACUGAUUAAACAAAAUUCCUGUUUCAUUAAUUA